GUAAAAGGUAUUGAUCAACCUUUCGUGGAUUUGUGUUCCGUGACCGUUAUGCUAUUGAAAUGUCAUUUAAAAUUGACUUGCGCAUGUAGAUUUCCUGUUUGCUUUGAUGGAUUUCGGCAUCAACACCAGCGUAACUAAAAUAACCUAACAUUGGGGAAAAGCUGUAACAGGAUUUAUAUUUUUGCUAGUGUAUUGCCUUUUAUUAGAAGUUAGAACAAGUGAGAUUCGGAGCAGAAAUUGGAUUUUGCGCUGCAAUCAUCAGUUUGUAUUAAGUCAACAAAAAUCAAUUUGGUUACUAAAUAGCUGUUGUACUUUAUAAAGGGUGCCUGGAAGGGCAGACUGUUAUACAGGGCUUACCGGACAUUGGUUUUGUACUAACCCAGGUACGCGUCACAACCAACUCUUAUACUAAUUAUAUUUAAACAUGAGUAAAAACGAACUCGCCGACGACAAAGUGGUCGACACUGGCAAAGAAGGUGGAGAAGCUGCCACCAAAAAGGCCACCGCCGAUAAAAAGCAAGAAACGAAAGAUAAGGUUGAUACCCAGAAAACGAACGAUGCGAAGGACGUCACAGACACGAAAGAAGCCAAACAAAACGGCGAGGCUAAGGAGUCCAAAGAGACUUCGGACGAGGUAAGAAAAGAGCCCGCCGAUAACUCCACUUCCCUAGAAGCGGACAAGAAGAUCGAGCAAAAAAAGGACAUUAACACGGUUGGUAAAAAUGAAACUGCAAAACCGAAGCCCGCGGAGGACUCUUUGAUCAUAUCCGCCGAAGAAGAGGAAGAACUCUAUACCGCCACCGCGGAAGACGUCGCCGAAGAGAAGAAGCAAGCGACCGCUGUCAAAGAAGAGAAGGCGGAGAAGUCCAAGGCUGAAGACGGGCCCAAGAAGAAGCGAGAAAAUUUGAGAAGCGUCUGGGUGUCGAACAUAUCUAGAACGACGAAAGCUGCCGAGUUGAAAAAUUUGUUUUCCAAACACGGUAAAGUGACUACGGCCCGAAUCGUUACUAACGGCAAGAGCUUCUUCGGUUACAUAUCUCUGGAAACUGCUGACAUGGCAUCUAAUUGCGUCAAAUUGUUGAACGGUACCAAAAUAGACGACAAAAAGAUUACCAUAUCGUUGCAGAGGCCCGACUUGAAGGAAUCGUCGAAAACCGCACUUUUAAAGCGCAGGCGGGAAUCCGCUUCGAAGGACGAUUCCAAGUCGGUGAGCGGUAAAAAACUGGAAGACGGCGUUCAGAAGGAAGAGGACACCAAGAAGGCGGAAGACGACGCAAAAAAAAUCGAGGAGGGCAGCGUUAAGAAAGAAGACGGGAUAUCCGCUGAAGAGAGAGCCAGGCGGGAUGAGCAAAGGAGAAUCGACCAAGACAGAUUGGUCAGGCGCUUGAAAAGGGACCUCGACGAGGCCAGAAGGGAGCUUCUUCGCUACAAGAGGCGCCUCAAUGACAGUCACAUGAAGCUCCAGGGCGAAGAGACGAGGAGCAGCAAGUUGCGUCGCGACCUUGAAAAGUUGGAGGAGGAAAUACGUAUUGAACGGCGCAGAUUGCAUACGGAACGAGAUGCAAUGGAAAAGAAGAAGCGACUCGACGACAUCAGGUUCGAGGCGGACAAAGCGAUACUCAAUAAGGAGAUCGACGAAUGCAAGAAGCUCCGCGAGUACCUUCAGGCGAAGAUCAAUGAGUUCAGUACGGCAGCAAGGAAGCACAAAAGUCGCUCUAGGAGCCCGAGAAGUCAGAAAUCCGCACGAUUAUCACAAGUUCAACCAGGUCCUAUUAAACGACGGUACGAAGCGAAAGAUGGGAAUCGUAGCCCACCACCCCCACCAAAGCUUAGCAAUCGCUCCCCAAGGAGAAGCCGCGAGAGAACUCCCGAUUACAUGAUUAGCAAGGGUAAAAGAUUAAGAUCUGAGGUCACUAUGUCCGGUGGCUACCCGCAGGGGAGCAAUUCGACAAGCGAGCGUUCCGGCGUGAGACCUUUAUUACAGCCACCGCCGUCUGACAGGGAUAGCUCGUGGAAUUCGUCCUCGUACAGUUCCAGCGCGUGGAGGUACGGAGCCAGUGGUACCUCACAAAGUAGCCAUCCAGGUCCAAACCACUCGUCCACCGCUUAUCCAUCUUCAUACGGUUCGUCUUACGGAUCAUCUUCAAUGGGUCAAAAGCAGAUGUUCUACGAUUUCGGGAGUAAAAGUGGGGGCUCGUCAGGCCGCGGGGGCCGUUAUUAGUUUGUCACGAUGGAUAUGAUUUUUGAUUGUAUUAAUAUUCUUAAUAACUUAGUGUUUUUAGUUCCAAAUAACUUCACGUUUUAUUAUAUUUCCCGGAAUGUGGAAUUAUUUGCUAGACUUAAAAUUAUAUAGUUUAUUCGACGAACGUUUUGUAUGUUUCAAUUUAUGUAUAUUGUGCAUACCAAUUUUAGUGUAAUAAAGCAAAUUGAAGAGAGAA